CCAAAUCUCAUCAACAAUUCCACGUUUGAGCAUUUUUCUUUUUUCAAUCUUCGUUGAAUUGCUACGGUCAAGCUCAUCCAGGACGAACAGAACCAUUCUCGGAUAUAUCAUCAUCCUCACACCAUAACCAGAAAAAGACCUCCAGUUCAGUCGCCGACAUGGUUGGUCUGGGCCCAAAACGCCAGCCGUCCCGCAAGGGUUCCAUGGCCGAUGUGCCAAAGAAUCUCUUGCAGGAAAUUGAAAACCUCGAGAACCUCUUCACCGUCGACACGGCCAAGCUCAAGCAGAUCACCGACCACUUCGUCGGCGAAUUGACCGCCGGUCUGGAGAAAGAUGGGCAGAACAUCCCCAUGAACCCGACGUGGGUCAUGGGCUUCCCUGACGGAGACGAGCAGGGGACCUUCCUCGCCUUGGACAUGGGCGGCACGAACCUCCGAGUGUGCGAGAUCACCCUCACGGAAGAGAAGGGCGAGUUCGACAUCAUCCAGAGCAAGUACAGGAUGCCCGAGGAGCUCAAGACGGGCACGGCCGAAGAGCUGUGGGAGUACAUUGCGGACUGUCUCCAGCAGUUCAUCGAGUACCACCACGAGGAAGGUGACCUCACCGCCCUGCCUCUCGGUUUCACCUUUUCCUACCCCGCUACCCAAGACUACAUCGACCAUGGUAUUCUGCAAAGGUGGACAAAAGGGUUUGACAUUUCAGGUGUCGAGGGAGAGGACGUGGUUCCUCAGUUCCAAGCCGCCCUCGAUGCAAGGAAACUCCCCAUCAAACUCGCCGCCUUGAUCAACGACACCACGGGGACAAUGAUCGCCUCCGCAUACACGGACCAGUCCAUGAAGAUUGGCUGCAUCUUCGGCACCGGCUGUAACGCGGCCUACAUGGAGAACUGCGGUUCGAUACCGAAGCUGAAGCACAUGAACCUUCCCGACGACAUGCCCAUGGCCAUCAACUGCGAGUACGGUGCGUUCGACAACGACCACAAGGUGCUCCCCAUCACGAAAUACGACACGAUCAUCGACGAAAACUCCCCGCGGCCCGGUCAGCAGGCCUUUGAGAAGAUGAUCGCCGGCCUUUACCUCGGCGAGAUUUUCCGCUUGGUCGUGGUCGACCUGCACGAGAACAAAAACAUCUUGUUUGAAGGUCAGGACAUUUCGAAACUCCGAAAACCCUACACCCUGGACGCGUCUUUCCCCGCCUUCAUCGAGGAGGACCCCUUUGAGAACUUGCAGGAGACGCACGACAUGUUCAGGGAGAAGCUGGGCAUCAACGCCACCAAGCCCGAGCUCGAACUGUGCCGGCGGCUGGCCGAGUUGAUCGGCACCCGGGCCGCUCGCCUCUCGGCGUGCGGCGUGGCCGCCAUCUGCAAGAAGAAGAACAUCGAGUCCUGCCACGUCGGCGCCGACGGCUCCGUCUUCACAAAGUACCCGCACUUCAAGGCCCGAGGCGCCCAAGCGCUGCGCGAGAUCCUGGACUGGCCCAAGGGCAAGAAGGACCCCGUCAGCAUCCUGCCGUCCGAGGACGGCAGUGGUGUCGGUGCGGCCCUGAUCGCGGCCCUGACGUUGAAGAGAAUCAAGGCGGGCAACACCGCCGGUGUGCGCGACCCGAGCAAGUUUGACAUUUGGUUGAAAUAGAGCGAGAGAGAAGACGUUAGUCAAUGUCAACACAUGCCAACCAACGACGAAAGGCUAGAGGGAAUAAGGGGAUAAGGGGGUAAAAGGGCGACUUUUGCAAAUAUAGACGUCUACAUUCACACACAAGCAUCUUGGAACGGAAAACACAAGUAACUUGUUAACUUUAGAAUGGAACAAAAAAAAUCAAAAUGACAUGAUAUCAAAUCAAUAUAGUCCGACAAGAAUCUACUCGCUUAUCU